CGAAUACUCGGCCAUAAAAGACGGGACAAGGUCAAAAUCGUAACAGUUCACAGCAAGAUGCUUUGGCGGUGGGAUUAUCUUAUAUUGGCCAUGCUGCUCCUGGCAGAGCUCACCGAUCUGGGUGAAACGGCGGUUGCCAGGAAUCAAAGGAGAAACAGGCGACUCAGAAAUGCUAGCGGAAACAAACUAGCGACCAGGAGAAAACAAGCCGGAAACAGCCGUAAAGUCUCCGCCAAGAAGGUGAAUCAAAACAAGAAGACCGCUACUCCGGCAAAGAUUGAAUCAAGGAUUGUGGGUGGCACGUCCACCUCGAUUUCCACCACUCCCUAUAUUGUCCAAUUGCGUCGGGGAUUGCAUCUGUGUGGGGGUUCGCUCCUCACCGAAAGGUGGGUCAUAACCGCCGCCCAUUGUGUCCAAGGAUACAGUGCCUCCGAUUUCACGGUUCGCGCUGGAACCAGCACUUUGGAUGGCAGCGAUGGCAUCACCCGCUCCGUCGAAUCUAUCCACGUGGCGCCCAAGUAUACUGCGAAAAAACUGAACAUGGAUGCAGCGCUGCUCAAACUAAACGAAAGCCUAACGGGCACCAAUAUAGGCACCAUAUCCAUGGCCACUUCGCGACCCAAGGCCGGUGCAAACGUGCGGAUUGCGGGAUGGGGAACAACCAGGGAAGACAGCACUACAGCCUCCCAAACUCUGGAGGCCGCCCAGGUCAGGGUAAUCAAGCAGAAGAAGUGUCGACUGAGAUAUCGCGGUGCGACGACCAUCACCAAAUUUAUGAUCUGUGCCCGCGCUGCUGGGAAGGAUGCCUGCAGUGGUGAUUCCGGUGGUCCGGUGACCAGGAACAAUGCCCUGGUGGGCAUAGUGUCCUUCGGUCGCGGAUGCGCCAGAGCCGGAUAUCCUGGCGUCUACACAGACGUCUCCGCGAUCCGCCAAUGGGCCAACAAGGUUAUGGCCAAUAAUUAG